UCUACUUUUAUACUCCAUAUAGCUUUCUCUUCCGGUGAGCAGAUAGAGAGUACUUCACUUCUGUCGGCUUCUAUCAUACAUAUACUUUAUCUUUACUUGAAUUUCCGCGAUGGCUGUUGGUGAUCUUAAAACAGAUAAAGGUGUCAAAGACUUAAAUUCUUAUUUAGCGGAUCAUAGUUAUAUCGAAGGGUGGCAACCGACUCAAGCCGAUGUGGCAGUGUUAGAAGCUCUAGGAAAGACUCCAACAUCUUCAAAUCCUCAUGUUUUAAGAUGGUACAACCACAUCAAAUCGUACGACUUAGAAACACUUCCCGGAGAAAAAAAAGCACCAGCUCUCUUAAAUAGCGAUAAUGUCAAUGAACCGGCAACAGUAAAAAAUGAAGAUGACGACGAUAAAGAUGUGGAUCUGUUUGGUUCGGACGAAGAAGAAGACGCGGAAGCUGCGAGAAUUAGAGAAGAAAGACUUAAAGCGUACGCGGAAAAAAAGUCUAAAAAACCAGCAUUGAUCGCUAAGUCUAGUCUGGUAUUAGAUGUAAAACCAUGGGGAGACGAUACAGAUAUGAAAGCCAUGGAGGACGCCGUUAGAUCCAUUCAGAUGGAUGGAUUAGUUUGGGGUGCUUCUAAACUAGUCGCCGUGGGUUACGGUAUUCAUAAAUUCAGAAUAAUGUGUGUCAUCGAAGAUGAGAAAGUAUCCGUGGACUUAUUGGUAGAACAAAUCGAAAGUUUCGAGCAACUAGUUCAAUCUGUCGACAUCGAGUCAUUCAAUAAAAUAUAAAUGACUGUUUGUGUCCGUUACUUUUAAUAUAAACUUAAUAAAUAAUAACCAUUGUUUGUAUAUAUAAUUUGUUAUUGGAUGAUCCUAAAUAAUUACUAAUGCAACUUCAAUGGUAAUAUAUUAACGAAGC